AACUGUGCCUUGUAAGACCUCUCCGCGGAUCGGUGUUUAUUUAUGUGCGGUGUUUAUUUAAAACGUUGCUAUUGUCUUGGCUUCCACUCUUACAAGCAAAUCUUACACUGCCAAUUAAAACCAAACACGAAUAAAUAAGAUGAAACAUUCUUGGGAAUUUUGAGCAGCCAUUGUCGGGAGUUUUAUCUGAUUGCAGUCAAUUGUUGUUCCAUUUACGCAAACAAUAAAAAGAAAUCUCAUUGCGAUUUGAACUCAAAUUAUAUGCAGAUUAUAUAUUGAUCAUCGGAUUAGACUAAUUGCAUUUGUCCUUAUCGUAUAGAUAAUAUCUAACGUUUAAUUACUGGAAAUCCCAACAUAAACACACUCGUAGAGGAAGUCUACUUUACGCUUCUCACUAAGCUUUCGUGUUGGAUUCCAAUUGUUUGUUCAACGGACGGACGACUUUCUUGCACAUGUACUUAUAGGGGCAGCCAGCCAGAAAGAAGGAGAGAGAGAGAGAAAGAGAGAAGAGGGGCUUAUGAUGAUGGGGCUAGCUUAUUCCGAUCAUAACGCUUGAGGCUCGUGUGGCGAGCGGUUGAUCUCCCAUCGCGUCAGAUUCCGAUUCCGAUUCCCACUGCCGUCGCCCGCUGAUUAACGCUGGACGCAAUCAGAACAAAUCAGCAUUAAUUCAAUCAAUGAUUAAGACUGACAGCGAUCGUCUCAGCUGUGCACAGAAGAUGUUCCUUGUGUUCAUCCUGGCCCUGACACUGAUAGGCCCUGCCGCCGCCUGGCCACAGGUGCAGACAAUUGGAGCGGCUCGGCCCGAUGAAGAUGGGGACAGACUGAAGCUUUGGCUGACAAUCAAUGCGCGCAAGCGUUUUCUGGAGAUCUCCUGGAAGAAUGCCCCAGCCCGAAUGGGAGACAAUGUCCUGCUGACAGUCCAGGAUCCGCACAGCUUCGAGCGGCGUACACUGCCAACGGGAACGCCUUUGGCUUCCUUUGCCAAUGACGAAGGCAGUGGUUCCGGCGAUGGUGCGGUCGACUAUGUGCCCCUGCAGGGAUACACAAGGAAGCCGCUUAUUUCGCUGACCAAGAAGAAGUCGCCUUCGUCGCAGCAGUACUGGGUGGCCAACGAGGGUAGCGCCCAAGUAGUUGCCGCCAUUCAGCCCAGCCUCUCCACCCAGUGGUUCACCACGGGCGUGCCCUUCGACUAUGCGCUGUCGCGUAAUGUGACCGCCCAGACCUCCUGCUAUGGCUACUGGGCCAGCUACAUCAAUGCGGAGGGACGCAUUCUGGCCAAGAACUGUGUGAGAGCCUAUCCCCGCUGGAUGAACGAGCUGCGUUCGGUGGUGGACGAGCUUCGACUGCGAGAUCUCUUCAUACCAGGCACCCAUGAUUCCGGCUCGUAUCGCCCCAAUUUCGAUCCACUGCUACGCGAGGGUCUGGUGACCAAAUAUGCCCUCACCCAAGAUGACGACAUAAUGGGACAGCUAAUGCAUGGCGUGCGAUAUCUGGAUAUACGUGUGGGCUACUAUCGACCAUCUGUGGAGAAGUUUUUCAUCUACCAUGGCAUCACGAAGCAGCGCCCGCUGCAGGAAGUCAUCAAUCAGGUCAAGGAUUUUGUCCAUGAAACCAAUGAGAUUGUCAUUUUUGGACUCAAGGAGUUUCCAGUGGGCUUUGGCAAGAACUUGGGCGUCCAUCGUCUGCUGGUCAGUUAUCUGCGCGAACAGUUCCAGGAUCUGAUUGCACAUCCCUCAUUGGGAUGGCGCGCCUCCCUGCGCGACAUUUGGUCCAGGCAACAGAAUGUGAUACUAGCCUACGACAAGCAUACCAUUGUGGAGGAGUUUCCCCAACUGCUGUUCGGCGCCGUGGAACAGCGCUGGGGCAACGUACAGACCUGGCCGCGUCUCGAGACGUAUUUGCGCAACAUCAACGACUUUGAUGUGUCACGCUUCUCGAGUCGCCCGGUGGCUGAUAUGGCCGAGCUGACGCCGGAAACCUGGGAUGUCAUACUCGAUAAGCACGGCGGACUCCGUAAAAUGGCCGACACUAUCAAUUGGCGUGUAUCGCAGCUGUAUCGGGAUGAGCUGGGCGAAAAUUCCAACAUUGUGGCGGCGGAUUUCAUACGCGGCACCACCAUAGUAGAGACAGCCAUCGAUUGGAAUCGUCGCAAGAUUGCCUAUUAAGUAAUUAAGUAGACAUUUAGCAUUUAAAAACAGCAACAUUUAUCAGCAAGAAAAAACGUUUACAAAUUUAUGGCCAGCAAGUGGCUGUUGUUUGUUCCCUAAACAUGUCACAAUAUCUAUGUAUGUAGUUUGUUCCCAUAUCAAAAGCAGCACUGCACUUCCUGAUGUAUAUUCAAAAAAGGAAUGUGGCAUCAGGAAGAAAUUAUAAAAUGCAUUCUAUUCUAUUGGGCAAGGCCUUCGGGGGUUACACUCGUAUAUCGUAUAGCAGGUAUAGUAAAAUAAAUGUGUUAGCUGUUGAGUUUGCUCAAAUAAAUAAACGCACUACGGGGAAACUAAA